GAUACCGGAAGUUGUUGCAAGCUUCUAAGGCAAGUGUUUACUUUCGUCUGUAAUAAGUAGAGAUGGUCUGUCUCAUAUAACUUGAGUAUGCCUGGUGGACGACGCAUAUUUUCCCGCAUUCAGCCAGGGUCAUCAUUCACAUCAUCAUCGAAAAAUGUUGGAUCAGCAGGAAGUCAUGGUGGAGACGACAGAGAACCUAAUCUUAUCCCCUUGGCAUCGAUGGUUGUGCCAAAACACGUUGUGCUGCCAGAGAUUUCAGGAGAUAAAAAUCUGUUCUUUGAGGUCACCAUGUACAUGUUUGGAAUGAUCAUAAUGGGGCUACAGUAUGUGAACCUGUACAAGACUGUUUGGUGGUUGCCUCACUCCCAUGCGAAUUAUGCACUGAAUUUUUAUUUGAUUGAUCCAUAUCUGGUGUCAUUUUUAGCAGUUCUGAUGAGCCGUCGACUUGUAAUUUGUUUUGUACAAGAGGUCCUGGUAUGUAAAUCAAGCAAGGGUGUAGUUUUCUGGAUGCUACAAUUGCUGAGGAUGAUGUUGCUGUUGGUGGUGCUGGCAUUACUGAUCUACACAGGAUACUAUGUCGUCAUACAACAUUCACCACUCUAUUCUUUAUUCCUCUGUUACCCUCUGGCUACCUAUAUCAUUUUGUUUGGGUUCUCCGUCAAACCAUUAUACAAGCGCAAUCUAGCAUGGCCUCGUCCUGUGGCUUGCACUGAGCGUACAAAUACAAAAAUUCGCAGCUGCAGUCGUAGUGAAACAUCCUCCCUAAAUUCAAGCAGUGGUUCCACUUCAGUGGGACCACCCACAUCCAGUCCGCCAACAGGCCCAUCAGAGAAAGAUCCAUUACUCUUUCACAGCUGUACUUUAACUCCAGAUGUUGUGCGAGAAGAGGUAGAAAUUCUGAAGACCGAUUUCAAUGAUCGCAUGAAACAAGUUCUGUUCAACUCCAUGGUUUGUGCCUACUACAUGGCCUUUGUGCCUCUUUGUUUUGCACAGCAUACAAUCUUCUACCAGUCGCAGUUAUUUCAGAACACUCUGUACUAUGACACCUGGUGGGUCGGGCAACAUGUAUGUCUAACCUGGCUGAGCGCCUUUUUGAUGUUAGUCACUCAUUUCCUGUCGCCAAAGUACUUGGAUCUUUUGCACCGUAGUGCAGUCCAUUUAGGGAGGUGGCAGAGAGUUGAGGGCAGACAUGUUCACGUUCCUUACAGCGCCUGGUCUGAGCUGCAGGUGUGGCCCCAGGGAGCAUUGGUGAAACAUGUUCGUGGACUCUUCAAGGCUGAUGGUAUCAAUGUCACAGCCGAGCCUGGCAACAGCAUGCAUGCUCGUUUCUAUAUGCUGUUCAACCAACCUAUGCGUGUCAUGACGUGGCUGCUGGUGUUGGCCUGGAUGUUGGUGCUGUAUCAGUUGUUGCGGCUCAUUCAAUGCAGCGAGUGGAGCCAUGUGCUGUGCAUGGCUUUGGCUCUUUUCUGCAAUUUCUAUACAGUCUUCAAGCUCAUGCGCAACUGGUUCAUUAUGAGUAAAACAUACCGUGAUCACGAUCCUGGGGCCAGCUCCCAAUGACACAGAAAGAACAAUGUUCCUGGAAAAUAAAGUAUUUUAACUCAUUUGUGACAUCACAUAAAGGAAAUGUCAAGGUAUGGAACUUUAAAAAAAAAUGUAUCCUGCGUCUGAAAGCAGCAUUUCUUUUCAUAGAACACUAGUUAGUGCACAGGUCAACAAUUCUUGAAAUAACUAUAUCAAGCUUUUGGCAGCAAGAGCUUAGGACUUAGGCUGAAAGACAGGCUAUAGACUGGUAAUGAAUGGCAAAAUUGUAAGCGAUCCCUGGUAAAAUAGAAAUACAAAAAUUAUCUCAUGGAUAAACUCCUUUCUGCCGUCUGUUACUCUUAACACUUUGUUGUAAUUCUGUUCAGAUCUGACAGGUGGAGACAAAGGUUUAAGAAAGUGGACUCUUCUGUCUUCUAUUCUUUGGGGUUGUUGUUUUUUUAAUACAACUGGUUCUACUUCAUGGGAUGUUACAAAUGAAAAUAAUUAGAGAUAGAGCAUAUACUGAAGAUCCUCUAGUCUUCUUGAUCAUAUUAUGGUCAUUCAAAUCUGUAUAUGUGUCAUCAUCGCAUGCUGCAUUCGUCUUGUCGUCUCUGCCUAUAGAUGCCAUAGGGAGGGUGAAACACCCACUCUCCUAUACCCACACCCCUAGGGUAAAACCCAAAAAAACUGCUUUACACUUAAAUUUUCUGGUGUUUUUGAACACUUAAAGUUGCAUCAUACACUGCAUGCAGGCCAUGUUUGAUUCUUAGCAGAAGGUUUAUAUAUGAGAAAUGUUCUUAAAUUUUUACUUCCAUCAGUUACUGUUAAUUUAAUUAUGUGGUGCUUCAUUUAUUUUAAUUAUGAAUGUUUUCAAGAAGAGGGUUGGAUGGGGGUAUGUUUGUAUUUUGCUUUCAACUUCCUUAGGCACACUUUGAUUUGAAGGUGGUUUCAACCCAAAUAAAAUUGGGAGUGUUAGGAAAUAGAAUAUGUUGCUAAUAAUGUUAUCAUUUUCUCUUUCUGUUUUUGAACCCACAAGAAUUAUUUAAAAAUAACCAUUUCAUACAUAAAAGCAUUCAUCCACCCACUUAACCUUAUCAUAAUUCUUUCAAAUUUCAUCAAAAAUGUUUUGUUGGCCAAAAAAUGGUAACAUUGGAAUCUCAUUCCUUUACCAUCUGCCAUUCAAUGCUUACUGUACCAGCUAUAUGUUUACAGCAGGAAUCAUCAUUGAAUUAUUUUGGCAUAUUUUUUAAGUAGCACAGAAAAACCUGCAGAUUUUGUUUUGACUGUCUUUGUGCUGUCUCAAAACUGUUAUAAAAAAUUGCACAGGAAAAAUUUAGCGUUCUACUAACAGUUAUUGACUCUGAUUUUGAACAAGAGCAUUUUAAAAUUCACAUGUUGACAACAGCAUUGUUGACAAUGAAAACAUCAUUUAAAGUGACAGGCACCAUCAGAGAAACGCAAUAAGGUCACAAAAUGUGCAGGAAAUCACAGACUGUGCCCAGUGGAAAAUAUAUUCAGUUACAAGAGUGAAGGAUGUCAUGUUUAUGAAUGUUUAAGAAAUUAAUGUGUAAUUACAAUGAACAAGAAUGAUU